UUGCUAUUAUUUUUUUCUAAACUUACAUAAUGCGUCUUUCUAUUGUUAAGGUUAUUUUGUUUUGUGUAUAUGCAUCUGUUCUUUUAUGCGGCAGCGAUGGAAGUACAGUUCUGCCAAAAAAUGUCUCGGUAUCCGCCAUCUUAGUAUUCGGAGACUCUUCGGUUGAUCAAGGGAAUAAUAACUACUACAAUACUUGGGGCAAAGCAAAUUUCCUCCCUUACGGAGAGGAUUUUAUGGGAGGAAUACCAACGGGAAGGUUCACCAAUGGCAAAACAAUGCCUGACUUGUUAGCCGAAGCAUUUGGAGUGAAGGAUUAUCUUCCGGCAUCUCUAGACCCUUUGUUAAAAGACAAAGAUCUUCAAACUGGUGUAAGUUUUGCUUCUGGUGGCAGUGGGUUUGAUCCACAAACAACGAAAAUAACGAGUGGUUUAUCAAUGUCUGUUCAACUGGACAUGUUCAAACAAUAUCUUGGAAAACUUAAGAGGAACAUUGAAGAAGAAGUUGCCGAUAAUAUAAUCAACAAUAGCAUAGCUGUUAUCGUUGCAGGCAACAACGAUCUGUUGUUUACCCUUCCUGUCAGAAGAUUACAAUAUGAUGCUGCAUCUUAUGCUAACAUGAUCGUUAACAUGGUCUUGAAUUUCACACAGGAAAUAUACACGCUGGGAGUAAGAAGGAUAGUUGUGUUUAGUGCUUUCCCGCUCGGUUGUGUGCCUGCUGUGAGGACGGUCGGUGGAGGUCUUGGUAGAAGUUGUGUAGACAAGGAGAAUAAUGUGGCUCAAUUGUUCAACAACGUUCUUAAGCACAAGCUUCAAAUUUGGGGAACAAGUUAUCCUCAAUCCAGAGUUGCCUUUGUUGAUUACUACAAUUCUGUGAUGAGCAUCAUUGAAAACCCUCAUAAAUACGGCUUCGAUGUUGUAGAUAGAGGAUGUUGUGGAACCGGAGAGUUAGAGGCGACAUAUUUAUGUAACAAACUCACGGCCCCUACGUGCCCCGACAGGUCUAAAUAUUUCUUCUGGGAUGGUUUUCACCUGACAGAGAAAGGAAAUAGCAUUGUUUUGAAUCAUAUUCUUCAAGAUAUGGUGAAUACCUUGUUCUAGUAUGUAGAUGCAUCAAUGGACUAUUUAUGUGUAACAAGAAAAGAAUAUUGUUAUUUUGAGUACACAACAAAUAUGAUGUGUGUGCUAAGCAGUUGACGAAUAAAGGAAGCUGCUUUUCUUACUUCUCAUUAUAGUGUUGUUUAUUGCUCAAUUGUGUAAAAACUAUUGUGUUCGAGUUUUGUACACGAUAAACAAUGAAAUUUGCUAUUAGCAUCAAGAACUUGUUGAACGA